GUUUCUUUACGGAGUGUUUGUGAAGAAAAGCUUUGAAUCGACUUGUCGGGGACGAAGUUAUUUUAACCAAAUUGUCGUUGAAUGAUUGAAAUAUGUCCAAUAAUGAAAUAGGUAGUAAAUACUAAAUAGGACGAGGGGCUGCAGUUGAAGUACUGUAUGUGAGAACAUGUUUAUACAGAAAACUUUCUGUUUCCGUACACUGAUGAAUUUGGCGGUAGAAAAUUUACAGCUCACAUUAGCUAUAAUUAAACCACACGUAAUCAAAGUUCCUUAUGCCUUACAGGAUAUUCGAGAUAAAAUAUUGGCCAAAGGAUUUUAUGUUGUGAGAAAUAAACGAGUUCAUCUAAGUGAAGCACAAGUGGAAGAAUUCUAUGCAGAACAUAAAGAAAAAUUCUUUUAUCAUCGCCUUAUUACAUUCAUGCAAAGUGGUCCCUGUGAUGUGUAUGUUUUAGCGAGAAAGAAUGCCAUUCAGGAAUGGAGGAAGUUAAUGGGACCUACAAAAGUUUAUCAAGCACAGUACACUCAUCCUGACAGUAUUAGGGGAUGUUAUGGUUUAUCAGAUACUCGAAAUGCUUCUCAUGGAUCAGACUCACCAGAAGCAGCCCUCAAGGAAAUCAGUUUCUUUUUCAUGGAUAUUGAUAUAGGAAAAUGGUUUGCAGAAGAUGAACCACUGUACAAAGCCGAAUCUGUUGCAUUUAACACAGAGGAAUUUAUACAUACAAUAAAAAAUGAAAAACCAUCCUGUAAUAAUAGCUACUGCCUCACAUCAUACUCACCACCAAUGCGGGAAUAGGACUAAUGAUAAUAUGUCUGUAACUUCUGUACAAAUCAGUCUCUUAUUUACAGUAUGUAAAAUUUUAUGAAAGGAUAUAGGGAUUCUUUGUGAUUCUAUAGAGAUUUUACAUACAGCAUUUUUAAUGCUAUGUAAAAAAGUGCAUUUGCGGAUACAUGUAGUUGUUAAUAUAUUUAGACAGAGUUUAUACUAGUGUAUGUGUGUGUGUGUGUGUGUGUGUGUGUGUGUGUGUGUGUGUGUGUGUGUGUGUGUGUGUGUGUGUGUGAUGAUAAAUAAUUUUUUAGAGUGCCAAAGAAAAAUACUGAUAAUAUAUAGGGAAUAAAUAUAUUAAAUGAAGAGAAGUACCAAUGGCAAUCUCCCUUAAUGUAAAAACAAUACAUAGUAUUGUCUUGGAAGCUUCUAACUGCUUCAACUGUGAUAGUUUAAAAAAUGCAUUUCACUUUGGAGCAAUGUAUCAAUACAUGAAUAGACGUGAUCAGUAACUGAUAAAAUUACAACAUCUGGGGCAACAAAAGUCAGAAAACUGGUUUUAUGGAAUCAGAGGUUCUAGGUGCUACUUCAGACUUGGUGUUUGUCUUACAACUCAAGGUCCCAAAUGAAUUAUUUUCUGCAUUGCAUAUUUUCUUUCUUGUGUACAUUUUUCUUGUCUGAUUCUCAAUAGAAGAAUUCUUCUUUAUGCUAUCCUCAGAUGUUAUAAUUUCAGAAGAUGCUAACUAAAUACUUUUUAUGACUAUGAACUUAGUCUGUAGCUAUAAAUGAUUUUAGUCUUCAUGUAAUGUAAUCAAAAAAGAUUUGUUAUUUCAUUGAUAAAAUAUUAUAUUUGUUACAUUUUUAUGUUUAAAAAUUAUAAUGACACAUGUGAAAUGCUAUCUUUUCUUAUUUUGUAGUUGAGACCUAAAAAUGAUGCUUUGGCUUCCAUAUACGAGGGUUAUUCAGAAAGUAAGGAACGAUCAGUCGCGAAGUGGAAAAUACAGUGAAAAUCAGAUGAAGUUUUGUACAUAUGCAUGGGGCACUGUGUCUAGUAUGCCCGGCGAUAGUAUCAUGUCCCCCUUUUCAGUUCUGAGCUCACAGUGAGAAAGUAAAGAUGGCUAGAAUUUAGCAUCUCCUGCCAAGUAUGAGGGCCUGGUGAAAGAUUUCGCCUGAAGCUAUGCAAUCCACAUAACAUAACUGUCAUGUGGUUCAUUCUUCACAAUAAUUCUUGGCCACACUCUACAGGGGCAAUGAAGAUGCUCCUGCAGCAUUUUACAUGGGAAGUGUUUGAUCGCCCACAAUACAGCCUUAAUGGGCUACCCCUGAGGUUCAUCUCUGCUCAAAUGAACUGCUGGUUAUGAAGACAAUAUUUUGACACAGACAACGAGCUGCAGUCCAGAAUAGAAAAUUGCCGAAAACCAAUGGCAGCUGUCUUCUAUAACAAUGGAAUUGAAAAGUUGGUACAAUGCUACAACAGAUGUCUAAGUCUGAGCAGCGACUGUGUAGAGAAGUAGCUAACCGUUGCAAAUAAAACAAUUCUGAUUUCCACUGUGGUUUCCAUUUCGUGACCUAUUGUUCCUUACUUUCCGAAUAGCCCUCAUAUGAAGGAAAAUACAUUCUUGAUAAAUGCUAAGCAAAUGAUUAAAAUGUACAUAGUUGAGAGAUAUUCUCAAUGAAUAACUUGUAAGUA